AUGAAUUCUCAAAUCAAAACCGAACUUCUCGAUGAAGAGCUUGCAGUAUUUGAAGCUUCAACUAGUGGGAUUUCGUUGAAAGUCGAAGAUUUCUAUGAAAGCUCAAACGAACAAGGAGAAGAAGCCAAUGAAGGCUCGAUGUUUCUUCAAAUCAAAAGCGAGCAAUCGGAGUGCUCUGAACAAAGCGGAGAGAUGGAUUUCAAUAUGGGACUUUGCAAAACAGAGGAUGAAGAAGCGGGAAACGGCGGUCGACGAAGCCAAAUCCCAUCCGGAAUGUCUAAACACGUGUACUACUAUCAACGAAUGAAAGAAAAGCUCACUCCAGAGCAAUGGGAACAACGAAUUCAAAGGCAAAGAGAAAAACGUCACAUGUUGACCCCAGAAGCCAGAGAGGAACGUCGUUCGAAAGCAAGAGAACAAAGAAAAGAGAAAUUGGCCAGUGAAACGGAAGAUGAAAGAGCUUUACGAUUGGCAAAGUUGGCUGCAAGAACGGCUCGCCGAAUGUCGGAUCCAGAGCAAAAAGCCCAACGACAAGAAUACGCUAGGAAAAAUUAUUUGAAACGUGUUGAGACCGAGACUGAGGAACAAAAAAAGAUUCGCGUUCAACGAGUGAUUGAAUUCAAGAAAAAGAGGAUCUCUAACGAAAGUCCAGCCGAACGAGAACUCCGAUUGUUCAAGAAAAGAGAAGAAAAUCGGCGAAGAGCUGAAAAAUUAAAAAGGGAAAAAGAAAAGGUC